AUGAAGUUCACAGCCGUCCUGUUCUUCCUCGCGGCAUGCAGCGCUGAGCACCAUCACCGCCGAGAGGGAACAGACUAUGGCAUCAACCUGGCCUCAAUCUCCAGCGCAUUAGAGCAUAUGACGGCCAACCAAACCGCCAGCGCCAACUUCGCCAACAUUUCCUCGCCGCCCAAGUCCCUCAUCCCAGAGAUCCUCUCGGUAGUACCCGUCUCGGUGAUCUGGGAAUUGGUCAAUCCGGCCCAGCGCAGUUCCUUAGCCAGCCAGUUCAAGGCAGGAAGCACACCCGCCUGGUAUAGCAAUCUACCGACCGACGUGAAGAGCUACAUGUCCGUGGUGAAAUCGCAGAUCUCCGGCGGCGCAUUGACAGCCACUACGGGCUUAGCGUAUGAGACGCCGACCGCCACCGCAACUGGGUCAGAGUCAGGAUCGACAGAUGGAGCAAGCGGAAGUGCAACUGCAAGUGGAAUGGCAUCGACAUCCACUGGUGGCGCUGCACAGGCCACGGGACUCACCGUAUCAGUGAUGGGGGCCAUGGGCGUGCUUGGGCUGGCACUAGCUCUGUGA